AUGCCUCUAAGCCUCGAAUAUGUUUUUACCCUCCAUGUCGAACUUGCACCACCACUCGACUUUGGCUCCACGCACACCGGGGACCGUCGAUUCAUCCCCAUUGUGGGUGGCCGCGUAGAAGGCCCACGUCUCACCGGUGAGAUCCUCUCUGGUGGAGGCGACUGGAACUCUGUACGGAGUGACGGAGUUGUGCACGUCCUUGCCAAGUAUGCCAUCAUGGCCGACGAUGGAAGUCUCAUCAACAUUCACAACGAGGGCUACGGACGUGCCACCCAAGCGGAUAUGAGGAUAGUCUUUGGGAAUGACCCCGCGAGCGCCUCACUGAAGAAGGAUGGCGCAGAGUGGUACACCAAAACAUUCCCUCGUUUUGAAGUCGCUGAUGGUCCUCAUGUCUGGUUGGCGAAAUCUUGCUUUCUGGGCGACUUACUUCCACCAGACAGGCCGAAUCAUGUGAAGGUCAAGGUGUACGAGGUCAUCUGA